GACCGAUGUCCACAGCGGCCCUAUGCCUGCAGAAGAUUUGGUCCAUCCCAGCAAGUGCAGCAUUGAGCAGGAGGACAUGGGUCCCGGAAUCCUGAGAACCAAAGUUCAGCCCACCACUUGCUCAGAUGAUAGGAACAUGCGAUCCUAGGUCAAAGCCGGGAGGUGAUCAGGCCAGCCUCCAGCUGGUUGCCCAUGGCUCAGCACAGCAGCGUGAGAAUCGGGCAUCGGGAACUCGCUUUGCCCUCAGGAGCCACUGACCUUCAGGGAUGUGACUGUGGACUUCUCUGGGGAGGAGUGGAGACAGCUGGAUCACUGUCAGAAGGAGCUCUACAAGGAGGUGAUGCUGGAGAACUACAGGAACCUCACCUCCCUAGGGCUUCCAGUUCCCCAGACGGACGUGAUCUCCCAGCUGGAGCGAGGGGAGGCACUAUGGAUGCUGGAGAAAGAAGGCUCAGGAGGCUCCUAUCUGGAUUGGGAAUCAGACCCUGAAACCAGCGAGUUCACUGUGAAGCUGGGCAUUACAAUGCAAGGAUCAUCCCAGGAGAGAUUCAUGAGCAGCAGCUCCUGGGACUUCAAGGCAGGAGAAACCUGGGAAAGUGACAUCCAGUCAGGAAAGAAGAGCCACCAGGAGAAUCAUUCCAGGGAAUUGAAAGUUCCCAGGGAUGUCGGAGGCCUUGAAUGUAAUAAAUUUGGGGGCAGCAUCAGCCUGAGACUCGUCCUUUCUGAAAAACAACAGAGGGUUCCUAGAGUAAAGAGUCACAGUAAAUGGGAUACUUUGGGGAAAAGCUUCAGACAGCAUUCAAGUCUCAUUAAGAAAUUUGCCUCAGGAAAGGUACAGUCUAAGUAUAAUGAACGUGGGGAACUCUUCAGUUAUCAGACAGACCUCAUUCAGUGUCAUAGUAAGACUACUAGAGAGAAGCAUUAUGAGUGUAAUGAAUGUGGAAAGGCCUUCAACCUGAGCACGAACCUUAUUAGGCAUCAGAAAACUCAUAAUAAAAAGAACCAUUAUAAAUGUGAAGAAUGUGGUAAAGUCUUCAAACAACACUCAUCCCUUAGUUACCAUCAGAGAAUACACACUGGGGAAAAACCAUAUGAGUGUGCCGAAUGUGGGAAACAUUUCAGUCGGACACCAGACCUUAUUAGACAUCAGAAAAUUCAUACUGGAGAAAAGCCUUUUAAGUGUACUGAAUGUGGGAAGGCCUUUAGCCAAAGCACAUAUCUUACUGUACAUCAGAGAAUUCAUAAUGGAGAUAAACCCCAUAAAUGUAAUGAAUGUGGAAAAGCCUUCAACCAGCAGUCAUCCCUUAAUUACCAUCGGAGAAUUCAUACCGGAGAGAAACCUUAUGCAUGUAAUCAUUGCGGAAAAGCCUUCAGCCGUAGCACAGAUCUUAUUAAACACCAAAAAAUUCAUAGCGGAGAGAAGCCUUUUAAGUGUAAUGAAUGUGGAAAAGCCUAUAGUCAGAACACAAGACUUAUUUAUCAUCAGCGAAUUCAUACUGGAGAGAAACCCCAUAUAUGUAAUGAAUGUGGUAAAGCCUUUAUUGAUAGCUCAUCCCUUAAUAUGCAUCAGCGAAUUCAUACUGGAGUAAAACCAUUUGAAUGUAAUCAGUGUGAGAAGGCCUUCAGCCGAAGCACAGACCUUAUUAGACAUCAGAAAAUUCAUACUGGAGAGAAGCCUUAUGAAUGUAACGAAUGUGGGAAGGCCUUUAGCCAGAGCACAAACCUGACUGUUCAUCAGAGAAUUCACAAUAGAGAUAAGCCUCAUAAAUGUAAUGAAUGUGGGAAAGCCUUCAACCAACAUUCAUCCCUUACUUACCACCAGAGAAUUCACACUGGCGAGAAGCCCCAUAAAUGUAAUGAAUGUGGAAAAGCCUUCAUUGAUAGUUCAUCUCUUACUUAUCAUCAGAGAAUUCAUACUGGAGAAAAGCCAUAUGUGUGUGGUCAGUGUGGAAAGGCUUUCUAUCGAAGCACAGAUCUUAUUAAACACCAGAAAACUCAUACUGGAGAAAAGCCUUAUAAAUGUGAUGAGUGUGGGAAGGCUUAUAGCCAGAAUGCAAAGCUUAUAUGUCAUCAGAGAGUUCACACUGGAGAGAAACCACAUAAAUGUCAUGAAUGUGGCAAGGCCUUCAAUGAUAGCUCAUCCCUUACUGUACAUCGGAGAAUUCACAGUGGAGAAAAACCUUAUGAAUGCAGUCAGUGUGGGAAGGCCUUCAACCGUACACCAGACCUUGUGAGACACCAGAAAAUUCAUACUGGAGAGAAACCUUAUAAAUGUAAUGAAUGUGGCAAAGCCUUUAGUAGGAAUACACUGCUUACCUACCAUCAAAGAAUUCAUACAGGAGAGAAGCCUUAUGAAUGUGACAAAUGUGGUAAGGCCUUCAGCAGAAGCACUCACCUUAUUCGACAUCAGAAAAUUCAUAUUUGAAGAACCUUUACAAAUAAACGUGGCAAGGCCUUUAGCCAGUACGCCAGUUUCACUGUAUAUCAGAGUGUAUAGCCAAAAGCAAAGCCUUCAAAUGUAAUAAAAGUGGGAAAACUUUCCAACAGCAUUCAUCCCUUAUUUACCAUCUGAGCAUUGUAUUGUAGAGAAACCCUGCAAUGUAAUAUGGGAGAUCUUUUGACCCAAAUAGAUUUCUAACCGUCAGAAAGUUCAUGAUAAAUCUGUUGAAUAUUGGAAGACCAUAUUCAGUGACUCUCACCUCUAGGAUAAAAUGCAAAGUCCCUUUCCCAACAUUCCAAGUCCUUCAUACUGUGUCUCCUGUUGACCCUUCCACAUUUAUUUCACAUUCCUUAACACCACAGCUAAACUGACCUAUUUUCCAUUUCCUGAACCAAGUUUUCCAAUCCUGCCUUUGUACAUGCCUUCCUGUUUGCUUGGAAU